UCUUGUGCCGCGAGAGUUGCCAACGUUAUUAUCAAUAGCUCAGAAUAUUAAUUUUCACCAUUUUUUUUUCAUUUUUGUGCCCAACAGACGGCGUUGAAUUUCAAGCGGAAAUUGUUUAGAAAAUCAGAAUUAACUAUAGCGCGAAUUUUAUUAGUCAUCCAGACCUUGAAUCAACCAUCAAGACCAGCAGGUCCACGUGAGGACACGCGGGCGCCACGUUGCAAUAAGCUGGAAUCAUGGCGAUUGUCACCGUGCUUUCAUGUCUUAUAACUCUGGUUGUGACCCCACAUCAGACAGCUGCUAUAGGGAUGUAUGAAGAAAGUGCUGUCCCGAAAGAAGCCUACCCGUUACCACCACUGCCAUAUCCCUAUGGUGGUCUGGAGCCGCACAUGGACGAAAGAACGGUUCAGAUUCACCACCAGGGACAUCAUGCAGCUUAUACGACCAAGAUGAAUGCCGCAUUAAAACAAUGGAGAGAAGAGGAUCCCGGAAACACGUUCGCCAAGAGCUCCAUUUUGAACAUUCUCCAAAAUGUGUCCAGUGUUCCUGAAAAAUAUAGGACAGCUUUGAGAAACAAUGGGGGCGGGUAUUUCAACCAUGCUAUAUACUGGGCUUGUAUGUCCCCCGGAGGUGCAGCUAUAACUCCAGAUUUGAAAAGUGAUAUAAUACAGAAUUUUGGGACAUACGAUAAUUUCAAAGACCAGUUUACAACAAAGGCCAUGGCAUUGUUUGGUUCAGGAUACGUGUGGCUAUCAAGAGGAGGGAAUGACAAGCUAGUCAUUUCCACAACGGCAAAUCAGGACUCGCCUGUGACUGAGAGUUUCCGCCCAAUUCUGGUGAUUGACAUCUGGGAGCAUGCGUACUACCUGAAGUACCAAUAUAGACGGGCAGACUUCGUGGCAGCUUGGUGGAAAUUGGUUGACUGGAAAGCUGUUGUGGAUCUGGACAAGUGGUGGAGGGUUAACUACAGGUACGGGUAGACUCGUACCGAUUAAUGGACUGUUUGCACUGAUAACAUAAAUGGACUGAUUGACUAAGGACUUUAAAAUUUCUGCCCUUCCUGAGACAUAGGCUGCGGAGAGUGCGAGGGGUGGCGGGGGAGUGGCUGAAAUAAAACUUUCUUUUGUUCUUAAUGCUAGUAUGAGUGGUGAUCUUUCUUUCCCUCUGUCCACCAGACUUUUUCCCUGUCGCCUACAUUUCCUUCGGUCCUACUAGAGGAGUGCUAUGUACUUUUUUGAUUUGUUUUGUUAAAUAUUGUAUUCUGCUCGGAGAUGGUAAAAAUAAAAAUCUAUCUAUCUA